GCACUACAAAUUGACGCCCUCCCCUCCACUCCUCUCUCCAUGCCCAACUCCUCCAAUUCUCUCUCUCUCUCUCUCUGUAGCUAACAGAGCAGCGGUUCAUCUCUCCUCUCUUUCCACUGUCCAGUUCUUGCAAUUCUCGGUCGACUCUCUUGCUUCCCCCAGCAGCUCAAUUCCCAUAACCAGAGAGAGGCCCCGAGAGAGAUGGCAACGCUCAUGUACCGAGGCUUGCAGACGUACCUAGAACCACACCUCGUGCCAGAGCCAGCAAUGACCGCUCUGACGCUCAAAUUGCUUUCCCCCCGCCACCACCACCAAUUCGCUCAGGCUCUUCUUGAAAUGAACUCCUCGAGUCCUCCCCAGUGCCCUCCCGUCAACACCCCGCCCCAGCAGCUCCUUGAAGACCCUAAGCACACCCACACCCACACCCACCACCACCAGCAUCAUCCCAUCUCUUCAUCUUCUUCAUCGAAUCCCAACAUGGGUCGGGCUCUCGGUGGCUGGAGCUUCUUGCAUGCUCUCCCCACCACCACCACCACCAGCUGCCAAGAACCCUCCAGGCCGAACCCAGAACCGCCCGUUUACGUCCACCCUCUGGCCAAAGCCUCCAAGCUCAGGCUCAGCCCCCUGAGCCUGGAGCUCUGCACGGAGAACCUCGGCAGCGAGAGCAGCAACAUCGUCGCCUUCGACGACGGGGGCGACGGCGGCGACGGGGAUCCCCGGGACGUGAGCUCGUCGGCCAAGGGGGAACAAACGGCCCCGAGGCCUUGGUCGACGCGACCAAUCAUGAGCGUGGAAAACGCGAGCCAGAAAGCGAUACCUCGGACUAACAUUAAUAAUAGUAGCAACAGCAACAGUUUCCCACCACCUUUGACGACGAUAGCCAACGACUCCAUACGCGUGAGGCCACACAGGGAGGAAGGGCGGUUGAUUCUCGAGGCCGUCAGGGACCCACAGGGGAAUCGUCCUUGCUUUCGUGCGGAGAGAAGCCAUGGCCGCCUCAGGCUCUGCUUUUUCAAAGACAGGUCACCUCUCUGCUUUGACUCCGAAGAGCUAGAUGAUGAGGGAGAAAAUGAUGUCGAAGCGAGGACCGACGAUGCCGAAAACGACGUGGCGGUGGAAGAAGAAGAGGAUGAGCCACAAGAAUUGUUAUCAGUUGACGCCAGAGACGAAGAGGGAGAGGCAGAGGCAGAGCAUGACAGUGAUGGAGGCGAUGGUGAAGAGGAGGAGGCCAUGGACGGAACUCAUGAGGAGAUGGUUGGGGGCAACCUGGGGAUGGGAAUGUUGGAUCAUCACUACUGGCGUGAAAGAGGAGGAGGGAAUGGGCACGAGAGCAGCAAGAAAACAUUAACCUGGGAGCCUCUUUUGGUGGCUUUUCUUAGAGGAGAUCUCUGUCUCCCCUCCCCUUCCAAUCAUGGAAUUUUAAAUCAUAAUUCUCUCUUUUUUUUUUCAUUAAUCUCUCCCUUUCUUGAUCAUGAGGGUGAUGAUAUAAUGAUG